CGCCAAUUCAUACGAAGCAACCAUGAACUGUGAUAUGUCAACGUUUUGUCAUCUUCUUCCAAAUAAUGAUAAUGUUCAUUAUUGGUGUAAGUUUGCAUCGGAGCACAAAAGCUCCCAUUUGCUUAGAAUAUUGGGGAAGGCCCAUGUAGGGGAUGAUCAAAUAAUACUAUUUUUUCAACCCGUGGACCAAAACUUUGAAGAUUUGACGCAACACAAUCUUCUCAUCAACCUCGACAAUCAUUUGACACCUUCUUUUACGGCCCUUUUAUUGGAUAUGUUGAAGGGGAUAAAUUACUUUCAUAGUGUACUAAAGCAUGCACAUGGCAAAAUAUGCGGAGAAAACAUUUAUGUCAUUGAUGGGAGGGCAAAAUUUGCUAAUGUGGUGGAUAUUAAUUUUAAAAAAUCUUAUGUUGAUGAUAUCAAUAGCUUUUGCAAAAUGGUAGAAUCACCAUUCAAGGCCAAAAACAUCCCGCUUCCAUUGGAGUUAGAGUAUCUUCUUUCAAGCUUGAAAAAACCAAAUGGGUGAGUUGCAUGAUUAGGUCGAUACUAUCUAUUUGUAUUACUAUGAUUGAAUUUUAAUAUGUGAUUACUUCUUUUGUCCACAAGUUGUGUAAUUCUAUUAACCACCUUGUUCUGUUGAAUUCAUAUGGCGAAGCCAUGUACAGGCAUAUGGAAACCCGUCAUAUGAAAAAUUAUGGAAACUUCAACCAAGCGAUGAUUGCAGCAUAUCCUAAAGAAAAAAAAAAA